CCGAGUGUGAAGACUGGAGGGAGGGCGUGGGUAGAAACUGUCUCUCUGAUAGAUGGGGCUUCUGGGCACAGUUCCCAUCACUGCUUGGGGUUUCUGGGAGUGAGGCAAGCCGCUCUCAAGUCCACAAGGAUGUUCACAAUAGGUCGCAACCACACAAGUUGAGGUGCAGCCCUGCAAACAAGUGGUCAAGAACUAGUGGCUGAGGCAGAAUUCUGCCAAGCAGUGGGCCGCGGUCUCAAGGCCAGACAAACGCCAUUGCCAGCCCAAAGCCGAAGCACAGAGAUCUGUAUACCCCGAGAGGAUGGAGGCUUCCCUUGGCCCAGAUGGCAGGCAAGUCUGACCAAGGUUCUGGGAUGGUCCUCCAAAGAUGCCUAAGAACAAAACCAGCAGCCACCUGGUGUGGACCCGUCUCAACGUUUAAUGAUGGAAUGGCAGACGGCCUUGCAUCUGCUGGAAGGAGCUUGGGCCCCGGGUAACAGACUGCCUCACCUACAGCCCCACUCCCGACAGCACCAGCAUGAAUGAACGCAUGAACACCACCGAAAUCUUCGAUGGCAUUCGCUUCCCAGGGUUCAUGCACACCCAGGAGUCCCUGAAGGCAGCUUGUGCUUUCCAGUUCCAGGACACAGAUGUCCUCUUGGUGACGUUUCCCAAGUCAGGUACCACAUGGAUGCAGCAGGUACUGAGUCUGAUCUUCUGUGGGGGCCACUUGUGGCCUAUCCACCACCUCCCCAACUGGGCCCGCAUGCCUUGGAUAGAGCAGACCUCCUUCAGCAGCCUCCUUCCCAAGCUCAACAGCUCCUGGCCUCGGCUGCUCACCUCCCACCUGCAUGCCAAAGCCCUGGCGCCAGCUCUGAUGAAGUCCAAAGCCAAGGUGGUGUACAUGGCCCGGAACCCCAAGGACGCUCUGGUUUCCUUCUAUCACUUUCACCGAAUUGCCGGCUUCCUGCCCAAUCCCAGCUCUUUUGAGGAAUUUGUGGAUGAGUUUCUCGAGGGCACAGGCUUCUUCGGUUCCUGGUUUGACCAUGUGAAGGGGUGGCUGGGACUCCAGAAGGACCUAAAUCUGCUUUUUGUCACCUAUGAGGAGCUGCAUCAGGAACCUCGCCGUACCAUCCGGAAGUUAAGUGAAUUCCUGGGACACCCCCUGGGACCAGAAGAGGAGGAUGUCAUACUGGAACACUGCAGCUUCUCCUUCAUGAGUCAGAGCAACAUGGUCAACUACAGCCUUUUGUCCAAGGAGAUCAUAGACCAGAGCCAGGGCAAGUUCCUGAGGAAAGGUGUUGUUGGGGACUGGAGGGAACACUUUACUCCUGAGCUGGAUGAAAAGUUCAACACUGUCUACCAGUCCAAGAUGGGUAACUCUGGUCUCUGCCUCCCCUGGACUAUGGACUGACCCUUCUGACCCAUCUGGCCUAUCCCCAUGUGCCUGUCCUUCUGUCCUCCUGUCCUCCUACUAUGCUAUGCCCCUGGUCUAACAAUAAAAGCC